AGCGAAAAUCCUCAACAUUAAUAAACAAAUACUUUAAAUAAAAGUUAAAAUAUAAAGUACUUUAACUAUAAAUAAAUAAAAAUGUUGCGGUGCUAUAAUCGAGGCUGUGGCCAGGAAUACGAACCACAAAACAACAAAGACGAUUCUUGUCGACACCACCCAGGAGAACCUUAUUUUCAUGAUGCCUAUAAAGGCUGGUCUUGUUGCAACAAAAAAUCAGUAGAUUUUACAGAAUUUUUAAGUAUUAAAGGUUGCACUCUAUCAAAACAUUCAAAUAUCAAACCACCAGAACCUGAAAAACCAAAAAACGAUAACAAAGAUGAGGUGGUGGUGGUCAGAGCACCUAUUAGAGAAUCAAUGGAGAGACCACCUGUUGACACAGCAAUGACUGACAUUAAAGCAACUGUAGCGCCGGCAUUAAAAGAUUUAAUAGAUAAUCUGGUUGCCAAAGAACCAGCCUUAAAUGACAGCCUGAAUUCUAGUGAAAUUUUCAUUGGCACUACGUGUAAAAACUCUGGCUGUACUUAUUCCUAUACGGGCACCGAUUCCGAUAAUGGCGAAUGUCAGUACCACAGUGGUGUUCCCAUUUUUCAUGAAGGCAUGAAAUAUUGGUCAUGUUGUCAGCGUAAAACUUCAGACUUUGCCGUAUUUAUGGCACAAAAAGGUUGUGUUUAUGGACAUCAUAAAUACAUUAAGGACAAUCAUGACAAAAGAGUGGUACAAUGUCGCUACGAUUGGCAUCAGACAGCUAAAGAUGUUAUUGUCUCAAUAUAUGCCAAAAAAUAUCAUUAUGCCGAGAGUACAAUAGAAGUAAAUCCAGUGCGAUUACAUUGCAUUUUAGUAUUUCCGGAUCAAGAGAAUGCUAAAUUUGAAAUUGAUUUGGAACUGAGAGGUAUUAUAGAUGUUGACAAUACAACUGUCCAUAUGUUUGGUACUAAAGUAGAAAUUACCAUGCCUAAGGCCGAGCCAGGUUCAUGGUCUAAAUUAGAUUUUCCACGAGAAAAACUACCACCACCCGUUAAGGCCGGACAACAACCGACCAGAACAAACACUGCCUCGGUAAGCGAGUCCGAUGAUGAUGGCUUUAAUUUGGAUGACAUCGAGACGAUUAAUGCUGGUGUUCAACUGUCCGAAUUGGCCUCUUCUAAAAAUGAUUUAGAUUAGAUUUUGUUAACUGCAUAAAUUCGUUUAUGAAGGAUAUUUUCAACUACAUACAUACAUAUUUCAAUUUAAAGCGACUAUUUUCAUAUUUUUCGUACGAUUUUCUUACCAACUUUUCUCUUUUUUAAAAAAUAUAGACACAAAAUUCUUAAAACUCAAA